AUGAAAAUAAUAUUUGUGUUUGUAUCAUCAAUGACACCAUUAGUGUCUUUGUCUGCAGCAUAUUCUUCGCCUUUCCGGGAUCAUAGUUACUUUCUUACGGAUUUUACAGGGACACGAAAAAUAAAUACGCUUGCAAUGAUUAGUACUCAUAAUUCCGCCACACUUAAAACUUUCAUACUGGCAGCUCAAAUACAACAAUUGAACAUAACUGAACAAUUAAAAGCAGGUGUACGAGUAUUUGACUUUCGAGUACGUAGCUUCGAGAAUGUUUUUGCAAUACAUCAUGAUCUCGUAUAUUUGAGAAUGAUCUUUGUUGAUAUAGUGAACCAAGUGAUAGAAUCUUUGAGAGAAUAUCCAUUUGAAUUUGUAAUAAUGCUCAUGCAAAAGAAGUACGUUAGUGAGGCGAGCACAAUGACAGAAUGUGAAUUUCUAAAGAACAAAUACAUUAAGCCACUUGGUAAUCUGUUUGUACAAUUUUGGUCAGUCGACGGCAUUGUUGAAAAACAUCGGGGUAAAAUUUUGUUAGCUCGUGGUAAUAAGGGUUUUGGGGAAUGCGUGGUGGCUCUGGAUUGCGAGCAGAAAAAUCAAUGGAAAAUAUCACCUAGCUUUACUCGUGAUGACAAAUGA